AUGCGCUCCACCCUGGCUCUCGCUCUGUUCCCUCUGGCCUCCCAGGCCGUCAACAUCAUCUCGUCCAACGACGAUGGAUGGGCUGAGAUUAACAUCCGGUCCCUCUACAGCGCCCUGACUUCCGCCGGCCAUUCCGUCGUUGUGUCUGCCCCCGCUGAGAACCAGAGCGGCACAGGAUCCAGCGACGAGACCCCCGAGGACAGGACCGACGCAUGCGAGUUUGAUAGCUGCCCAGAGAACAGCGGUCCGUACGGCGCCAACGAGACAGACCCCAAUCUCAACUGGGUGAACUCGUACCCGGUGACUUCUAUCAAGCACGGCAUCGACACGCUCGCCUCGGAAUUACUCGAUGGAGAGCCCGAUCUGGCCGUCUCCGGUCCUAAUGUCGGGAGCAACCUCGGCAUCGCCAUCCCCUUCUCCGGCACUGUCGGCGCAGCGAGCUAUGCUGCCGGGACGGCCAAGAUCCCCGCGAUCGCAUUCUCAGGAAAGGAUGGCGAUCCGACUGCUUGGGAUGAUCAGGUCCCAGAGUACAGCACCAUCUACGCUGAGCUCGCGACAAAAGUGGUCGAUCGGAUCGUUGAUACCGGCACGCCGUACCUCCCUGACGACGUCUGGCUGAAUGUCAACUUCCCCUCCGUGGAUGGCUGCAGUAGCGCCGAUGACUUUAGCUUCGUCCUGUCGAGACUCUUCCCGGCAGUGCCGCUCGUCACGGACGACGAUGUUGAGACCUGUGGGUCGAACCGUCUGCCAACAGAAAACGCCGUUAUCGACACGGACGGGUGCUAUGUGAGCGUCUCGGUGGGGACGAGCGACAAGAGCGACGCCGAUGCAACAUUGCAGGGGGGUGUGUUGCAGAAAUUGGGCGAUUUCCUGACUUGUCUGCCGUAG